AUGCAGGAAAAUUACCAACAGCAACCACAACAACAACAACAACAACAACAACAACAACAGCAGCAGCAACAACAACCACAGCAGCAACAACAACAGCAGCAACAACCACCACAGCAGUUGCAGCAACAACCACAACAGCAACAACAACAACAGCAGCAGCAACACCCACUACCACAACAACAACAGCAACAAAAACAACAACAACAACAACAGCAGCAACAGGAACAACAGCAGCAACAACUACAAGAACCAAGUCAUCAACUGCAUGCCACACAGCCUGGGGAACAAGAACAACAUGAACUAGUAGAACAACAGACACAGUUACAAGAACAACAACAGGAAACAAACCUUACCACUACAGUUCAGUCAUUCCAAGAGUUUAGAUACAGGUCUGCUCAGUCAAGAUCGAUGCGACAACAACCAACCAGAGUCAAGUGUCCAUUUGCUGAUUGUGGCAGAGAAUUCCAUCCAAAUUCCCUAUCUACCCAUAUCAAGGCAAAACAUGCUGCAGAUGAACGAAAGAGAGUAGAGUCAGGAAAAUACUUGAAUGGAACGUGUGUUGACUAUGCAAAUGGGAUUUAUUUAGUUCGUAAACAAUUUCGAGGAACUGAUCAUCCUGUUCAUUGCCAGUUCAAGACUUCAUGUCCUGCCUCUGUGGUGUGUAGUGUUGAUACUUGUCGCCAACUAAGCAGUACCGCUUCUAGAAGUGGUCAAGCAAAUUUCCUGUGCGAUCAUCUUAAGUCCACGCAGUUUAUAUGCCCUUCUGUUGUUGCUCAUCACUUACAAGAAGAUUCUCUUAAUUUUGUUGUUGAUACUUUAAAAUGGUUGAAGCUUGAACGAAAGUCAGAAUGUCUGGAGUGGCAGAAGCAAGCUGCACAUGACAACGUUCCACUAGUUGUUCAAAUGCCUCUUGCACCGGAAUCUUCUACUCGUUUUUACCAUUUUUCUGUAUUUGCCAAAAUUAAGAGAGAUCAUUAUUGGUCUUUUUGCAAACGUGUGGUGGUUUCGUUUGACAAAGAAAACUCCUCCUUUCACUGCAAGUGCUGCUCUGGUCGUCGCUCUUGUAUGCAUAAAUGCAUUGCCAAGUGGGCAAUUGCACAGUGGCAUCCUUCAGUCAUUCCCACAUCUACAACAUCGCAGGUGGAUGAGGAGAUCGGCGACACCCAAGAUUUCCCUACUGCGACUGACGAAAAUGUCGCUGAUGAGCACUCACCUGGCAAUGGCAAGAAUCUUCCCAUUCCAAGCACAAUGUUUUACCCUCCAACUGGAAACGUUGCUCUCAACUUUGUCAAAUACUUGUUGGAUGAGAAGAAAAUCCCUCCGCAACUCCCAUUGGCAUUAACAGUUCAAAAAGAAAAUUUUGAUAAAAGGUAAUUAUGUUUAAUGCGCAAUAAGGUAGUACAUACAAGUUCAUGUAAUUUUGACAUGCAGUAUGAUCUUUUACGUUCCUCAAUUUGUAGGUUUACUGUCGUUCCAAUUGAAGUGUUCCUCAAAUAUUGAUUCAAUACAUUACCUCAGGCUGACCAAUUCAUUUGAUCAAGUUCCUCGAAAUAUUCAUACACUUCCUACUUCCUUUCGAAAUAUUCAUACACUUGAUCAAAUGAAUUGGUCAGCCUGAGGUAAUGUAUCGAAUCAAUAUUUGAGAAACACUUCAAUUGGAACGACAGUAAAUAUAAAAAAAUGUUUAGCUCAUUACUCAAUACAAAUCGUUUCUAUUGCUUUCUAGUUAUAUCCCGACAGAGACCAAUUGCUUCUAUUGUAAAACCCAACUGACAGAGCCAUACUGCAUCACACAAAACGCUAAGCUAGUGACACUUAAAGGAAUUAUUGAAGGUACGUAAUUAUAAUAUAGCAUUUGUACUUUCUGUGAUGAUAUAACGCAAUUUCAAAACGGAAAUUUAUUUCCUAGUGUUAUAAAAUAAUUACAAAACAUCUUUCUGCAUUGGUAUUGAGUUAAACAUAUAUGAUAACCACGAGUGCAAGUUUGAAGUUUUCACGUAAUUUGGAGAAUAUCCAUGAAAUAUGUUCUAUAUUUCUUUAAGUACUAUUUAAAAAACGAGCAGGAGUGUUUUAUAAAACACGACCUGCGAGUUUUUUAAAUGGCUUCAAAAACGUUUGCAUAAUAAGUCAGAUCUUUAUAUAAAAAUCUUUAUAUAAAAAUCUUUAUAUAGUUUGCAUAACAAUGGUCUUUUGUUAAAGUGUUCUUUAGCUGGUAUAAAGACGUGUGCACGUGACUUAUUUCUAACUCAAGAUUGGAUAAUUGCUUCAUGAAUUAUUAAUGAGUUUUUGAAUAUUAAUUGUAAUUUCUUCUUUCUCAGGAAUUUCUUUAUAUGUAAAGUUUUGUAACAACUGCAAGCUUCCAUAUCGGUAUCAAGAAUUUGCUGAUGGUGUUCACAAUUUUAAUGACAACUGGCUUCUAAGUUAUGGAAUAUGUGAUAUGAUUAGAAAGCAUCUCCAGGUAUGAAAUAUGCGGUGUGUGAUCUUCUUAAUUGAUUCUCAGUGGAAGUGAUUUGCAGCGCCAAAUAGUCUUUUGAAAACUAACGGGUUUGAAUUUAAAUUUUAUAUAUAUAUAUAUAUAUAUAUAUAUAUAUAUAUAUAUAUAUAUAUAUAUAUAUAUAUAUAUAUAUAUAUAUAUAUUCAACCUAAUAUAUAUAUAUAUACUGUAUAUAUAUACAACCUGAAUAUAUAUAUAUAUAUAUAUAUAUAUAUAUGUAUGUAUAUAUAUUCAGCCUAAUACGCAUGAUCUCUGCAUUUCACAGAUUUAAAUCAGCGCAAAGGCCUAUAGGCAAUUGUGCCCCAAUUGGGGCACAAUUGCCUAUAGGCCUUUGCGCUGAUUUAAAUCUGUGAAAUGCAGAGAUCAUGCGUAUUAGGUUGAAUGGCGUUCUUGUCGUAUAUAUAAUUUAUGUGUCCCACAUCCAUCAUCUCAUUGUUGGUUAUAUAUAUAUAUUAAGAUGAAAAUGUUCUAGAGUGUGUAUUAUACAAUUUCCAUACCCAGCGCAAGCAGAAAGAUGUUGUCUGCCGCGGCUGGGUCUUGAACCCGCGACCAUUAUAUAUAUAUAAUGUUAUAUAUAUAUAUAUAACAUUCCAAUGUUUUCUUAGGUUCACAAUGCUGUAAGCCGAACAGUAGAAGCAAUCGAGAACUGGCUGCAGUUGCGUCCGUAUCAUUUACCGCGUGGCCCAAUGCUGAAUGCCUACCUUCAUUUUGAGGCCCUUUCAGAGCACAGCUAUGGUUUUUCAUGUCUUAUGUGUGGUCACUUUCCUCCUUUGCUAACUUUAGAUGCAUGAAAGGAGUGUUUGAACUAGCAGGUAAAUGGUAUAGCCCAAGAUUGCGUAAAGAACUACAGCAUAUAUACUGUAGAUCUUUUAAAGUCAGUACGUCACAGGUGUCACUUUCGGAUUUAACGCUUCAUUAUACAGUCAUUGUAGACCGUGGAAUCAACUUGUGCGUGUACGUCAUGGCAGUGCUGAGAUGCAAUUGAGAUAAUCAAAAUUUGAGUUUACUGUUUGCGUUUUUUUUUGUGUAUAUGUUUAUUCAUAUUUAUGUAUUUUGGCUUUUUACAGUAAGUGAACUCGAGCAACCAGACAUGCAGUCGGAUUCAAAUCCUGAGGAAGUUGAUGCUGAGAUGUUCUGGCAACAAGUGAACCUUGGUAUAUUGUACAGAGGAAUACUAAGAGGUAAUCAAUGGCUAACAUUUUUCGAGACGUUAAUAACAGCGCUGUUUACACUGAAUGUAAUCCUUAUAUGUGUGUUGUUUAAUUGUAUUAUUAUUGUGCCAUAACCGUUGCUCAACUUAUAUGCAGGCACUGAAAAGAAUCCAUUGGAAAUCAAGCCCACGUACAGCUUUUGGGCUCCAUUCAUUGGAUCAAACUGCAGAAGAGGGCGACAACUGAUCAACUCAGAGUUUAGGAAAGCAAAUCACAAGGAAGAUCUUAAAUCUGCUGGUGCUACUUCUGACAAUUGCUCUAUUGAGAAACUUACGGAUUUGUUCUGUGAAGGGAAAGUAUGUUACUUUCUUAUAGCUCAUCAACUUAGACAACAAGAACACAAACAUAACUUUGAAUUAACUUACAAAACACAUCGUCUUGCACUAUUUUACCUGUUUCGAAAUGUUAACAACUCCAUAAAUCAACGACUAAAAAGUUGUCUUUGUUUGUCUGAUAUAGGUCACUUGGAAUGGAAUCUAUAUUUAAUAGCAUUAUCCUCCCACCCAAUGAAAACUACUAUGCAUGCAUAUCAGUUAUACUGUUAUAACGUUAUAACUUUUUUAAAUACCGUUGUUUUUUAUUCUUCUCGUUUAUAGGUCCCGGUGAUAAGAGAAAUGGCAAAAAAUUUGGGCGUGAGUGAUAAGGGCUCGACGUUGGACAUAAUUAACCGGAUAAAGUCAGCUCUCAACAUCGAAGGAACUUUCUUAAAGCUCUUUUCCAAAAUGUGGGGUGGUUCAGGUAAAAAAUAUGCAUUUAAGUAUUUUAAGAGUUUUAUUCAAUGUUGUAAAUUAUUUAAACUAUUGUUUCGACAUCAAUUUUCUCAUUUAAAGCAGUUUAUACUAAUUAGUAAGUUAAUACCUUUAAACGUAUACUGUACAUUCUCGCCGGCACUUCAUCAAGCGGUUCUUUUCCACGCGAAAAGCACAGGUUCGACUCCUGUGAGAUGAUGGGAUAUUGGAUGUACAUUAAACAUGUACUUUUAAGCAAUAGAAACAGUUUUGCCGUGUUGCAUAUGGAUGCAAGAAAGUGAAUAUAUAUUGCCCAGUUGGAAAUUUUUAAACGGCCCUAAAUUUAACAAAAAUGAAGUCAUCAUAUAAAGUAUCAUAUAAAAUAAUCAAAAAAAUAAAAUAAAUUAUUAACCAUAUGCAUGGAUAGCGUUCUUUAUUAUUACGGUGAGAAUGUUAUGCAUGCGUAAAUAAUGUAAUCAUAAUUUUCAAAAAAUAUAAAUACUUAUAGACGACGCAACCUGUUGUGUUAUUUUUUGUUUAUGUACUACUCUUUCUUUCUUUAAAUAGGUGGAUGGUUAGGGAUGACUUGUCUGCACUGUAUUUGCUAUGGUUUGAAGUGGCUUUUGAGGCACGAAGGCCCGCGAGAUCAUGUGGACAUGAUCAUGAACCUUGCCUCUGUACCGAAUGUUGUUGUGUUGGACAUGGCGAAUAUGAUGGUUGCCCAUGCCAGAAAUAGAGGCUACGACGUUUUCCAGCCAUUUAAUGGUCGUGUUGCUGAAUGCAGUCAAGAGAACAUCCAAAAGGCAAUGGAUGGUGAGCUGGAGAUUGACUGGCCUUGGUUCUCUAAUUGCGCAGAACAGGAUAGGGGAUGGGAAGAGGAAAGACUUGAUGGUGAACAGCUUCUGCGUAAUCCUUCGACUGGAUCAUCAGAGCAUUACUGCUUAUUUGAUCAAUUUCAUGAGGCAAACUCUACAGAUCCAGCUGAUUGCUUACGUAGAAUCUCCUGCGUCAACCAACUUGCUGGAAAGACAAAUUCAGAGACCGCUGAACAGCUCAACAACAGAAGAAAUUGUGACAACUAUUUCACGACAUCUUUGACGGCACAUAACUCCGUAUUUGUUGAGAGAUUGGCAACCCAUUUUAACAACGAGAAGGAAAAUAAACACGUAAUCGCUAUUCAUAAUCGACAGGUAACUAAUCUAAAAUUUUAGGUAGAAAACUUUUCCGUACUUUGUAUAAAAGUUUAUAUAGAAGCACUUGUUGAACGUUAUGCAAACAAAAAGGUGGUGGGAAGCUUACAUAAUAUAAAAACCAAGUUAUUACAAUAUAAAUUCUCAUAAUAUGCAGUAAAUCGCUUGUAAAAUACAAAAAAGUAAUGGUUUCUAUUAGUUCUGGCGAGAUGUUAAUAACAGCGCUGUUUACACUGAAUGUAAUCCUUAUAUGUGUGUUGUUUAAUUGUAUUAUUAUUGUGCCAUAACCGUUGCUCAACUUAUAUGCAGGCACUGAAAAGAAUCCAUUGGAAAUCAAGCCCACGUACAGCUUUUGGGCUCCAUUCAUUGGAUCAAACUGCAGAAGAGGGCGACAACUGAUCAACUCAGAGUUUAGGAAAGCAAAUCACAAGGAAGAUCUUAAAUCUGCUGGUGCUACUUCUGACAAUUGCUCUAUUGAGAAACUUACGGAUUUGUUCUGUGAAGGGAAAGUAUGUUACUUUCUUAUAGCUCAUCAACUUAGACAACAAGAACACAAACAUAACUUUGAAUUAACUUACAUAACACAUCGUCUUGCACUAUUUUACCUGUUUCAAAAUAUUAACAACUCCAUAAAUCAACGACUAAAAAGUUUUCUUUUUUUGUCUGAUAUAGGUCACUUGGGGAUCGUGCAGACUUGUAUGUUUGAGUAUUGGUUUGUGGUAAAGUGAGUGCAUGUUUUUUUUUAGUUUGGAGAACACUUGACUACAAAUUCGAAAGGGCAACUGGUGAUUGGCAACAUCGUGGAGCCACCUCAAAUACCACCACCUUCCAAACGACCAAGAGUAGAAAGUGUUGAGACAGCUCCAUUAUGCCCGUCUGUUGGUUUAAAUUCAACCACGAUUGCUGCGGUGGUUUCAUCCGUGACAAAACAAUCAAUGAACCCAACAAUCUCAACAGAUUCUUCCACAAAUUCAUCCUCUUGCCCAACGAUUCAAUCCUCGUUUCCCAGCCUUAGCCCUUCUACUGAUGCUGUUCAUCCAUCUAUUAAUGUUAGUGCUGAAUCAGUUCCUUUUCACAAUACUACAUGUGAAUUGGGUACCACGACUUUGCCAAACGAAAAAGAAUUAUGUGAAAAUGUACGUUUUUUAAAAGUUGCUGGAACAUGUGUCUUGCUGUGGCUUUUACCCGAACGUAUCGAUGUUAGUCAAUCUUCUACUUGCCUCAAUAUCACAAAUGCCAGCACCAUUACAGCUCUUUUUUUGGGUCACAUAUGGCUUGCAACAAGAGUUAAUUUCCCCGAGGAUGGUACUCUCCAUCACUCCUGGUUUUCUUCGAUUCUGUAUGCUACGAAAAAGGGGAUCACUUUAUCGAACGAAUCUGAAGAUGGUGCACGUACACUGGCCGUGGAGGAAAAUAAAACUUAUCUAUGUAGAAGUCUUUUAGUUGAUAUCGUCCUGCACCCAGCAGCAAUAGUGUGA